CUAAAGGGCCAACGGGGAAGCUGAGGGGAGGAGCAUGCGCGGAAGCCCUGAAGGGAACCGGGCGUAGGCGCCGCUUCCGAACCAUGGCGGAGCAGGGCCAAAACGAGGACCCCGGCCCUAAACCGUCAGUGCUGUUCCUGCACCCGGAUCUGGGCGUGGGCGGCGCCGAGCGGCUGGUGCUGGACGCGGCACUGGCGCUGCAGGCGCGCGGAUGUAGCGUAAAGAUCUGGACGGCGCACUACGACCCUGGCCACUGCUUCUCCGAGAGCCGCGAGCUGCCGGUGCGCUGCGCCGGGGACUGGCUGCCCCGCAGCCUGGGCUGGGGCGGGCGCGGCGCGGCGGUCUGCGCCUACGUGCGUAUGAUCUUCCUGGCGCUCUACGUGCUGUUCCUCGCCGACGAGGAGUUCGACGUGGUUGUGUGCGACCAGGUGUCUGCCUGUAUCCCAGUGUUCAAGCUGGCCAGACGGCGUAAGAAAAUCCUGUUUUACUGUCACUUCCCAGAUCUGCUUCUCACCAGGAGAGAUUCUUUUUUUAAGCGCCUAUACAGGGCUCCAAUUGACUGGGUAGAGGAAUACACCACAGGCAUGGCAGACUGCAUCUUGGUCAACAGCCGGUUCACAGCUGCCAUUUUUAAGGAAACAUUCAAGUCCCUGUCUCACAUAGACCCCGAUGUCCUCUACCCAUCUCUGAAUAUCACCCGCUUUGAUUCAGCUAUUCCUGAAAAGCUUGAUGACCUAGUCCCUAAGGGGAAGAAAUUCUUGUUUCUCUCCAUCAACAGAUAUGAAAGGAAGAAAAAUCUGACUUUGGCACUGGAAGCCCUAGUAAAGCUACGUGGAAGGUUGACAUCCCAGGACUGGGACAAAGUUCAUCUGAUCAUGGCAGGUGGUUAUGAUGAGAGAGUCCUGGAGAACGUACAACACUAUGAGGAGUUGAAGAAGAUGGUCCAACUUUCUGACCUUGGCCAGUAUGUGACCUUCCUGCGGUCUUGCUCGGACGAACAGAAAAUCUCACUCCUCCGCGGCUGCACAUGUGUGCUUUACACACCAAGUAACGAGCACUUUGGCAUUGUCCCAUUGGAGGCCAUGUACAUGCAGUGCCCGGUCAUCGCUGUUAAUUCAGGCGGGCCCUUGGAGUCCAUCGUCCACAAUGUCACAGGGUUUCUCUGUGAGCCUGACCCAGUGCACUUCUCAGAAGCAAUGGAAAAUUUUAUCCAUGAACCUUCCUUAAAAGCCACAAUGGGACUGGCUGGAAGAGCCAGAGUGAAAGAGAAGUUUUCUCUUGAAGCAUUUACUGAACAGGUCUACCAAUAUGUCACCAAACUGCUGGAAAUAUGACUGACCGUCACCCAUAGCAGCUGAGAGCCUCCAUCUUACUGUUUGCAUCACCAAAGAGGAAGCAGCCUUCUUUCUCAGAGUUUGAAAAGACAUCACUGAAGGACUGUGAUGGACCCUUCUUGGUUAAGGUGCCUUCCCUUAAAUUAAUGAAGCAAAUCGGGAGGGAAGGUACUAUGGCUUGCCAGGCUCAGAUUGGCUCCCAUUAACUGUGGGCAGGAUCCAGGAUCACACAGCAGUAGGAAUCGUAUAGCUGGGAGAAGAGAGUCCAGGGUGUACAGAGGAAGGAAGAGGAAGCAGUUCCCAAAGAAGAUGAGAAAACUGAGGCACAAAUUGCUUAAGAAAAAUAGCUCAAAAAUGGCCAAUUCAAACCCAAGCAGUCGGUUCUACAUCACUCACAGUCCCAACAGUUGGCAGGUGAGAAGAUCAAGGCCCAGAGAAAAAGAGGAAAGUCCCCAUGUUCCUGUGCAUCAGGGUCUCCUCUCCACUCCCCGUAUCAGCGAUCUUUCUCACCCUGCCACUGCCUCCCGUGUCGUAACAGUUCAGAGGACACUGAAGGCUGGGAGGUGCCGGAAAAGCAGAGCUGGAAGGGCACAGAGAGAUCCCAUCUCCUGCCACUGUACAGACAGUGAGACUCGCCUUAGGUCACAGGACGAGUCAGUGUUGGAGACAGGACCAGAGCUCUCACCUCACCGUGUGAGCUGUGACCAGACUCUCCCAGCUGUGCUGCCUCCCUCACUCUUGAGGUCUCAGAGGUAGGGACACUGCUGUGCACCACUGACCACGGAGUGGCCUCCUUCCGUGACAAGGCGGCAGCUCCAUCCAAGCAGGCUGUGGCUCCUCAGGCUCCGCCUCUGUCUCCAUGACAGAAAGGAGGCUGGCGACAAAGCAGAAGUGGCUUUGUUCAGAAUCUCUUGUCUUCCUACGUCACAUCCUUCAGAGUGCCUUCACUUCCUUUGUCUCAUUUAAACCUCGUGACCCCUUAGUAAGACAGGCAUGACAAACAGUAUGACUCCCAUUUUACAGAUGAGGCAACUAAGGCUGGGGGUAAACACAGCCUCUGAGCAUCAGAGCUAGCUGGGGUUACAGCCCAGUUCUCUUGACUUCCCAGAUCAAGUAAGUGUCUUUGUAUCUCAGGAGCCGUUCUUAAACUAGACUGCUCCCUAAGAUUGGAAUACACCCCUUAAAAGGAUUUUAAAAGGUCUGGAGGUGGGGGGAAAUCCCUGUCGCCAUUCCUUAACAAAAUCCUCUUUCUCAACUUCCCUGAUGCCCAGGCGGGUACCCCUCACUGUCGCCAUAGGCACAUCCAAUGUGUGGAUGACCAUCGCCCUCUCGUGGCUGAUGGACAAAGUGCUUUCUAGUAACUAGGAGAACAAAGACCCGUCCAUCUCCCAGCCUGCUCUCCCUGGCCAAGUGACAAGUGGUGGUGGCAGUUUUUUUGUUUUUUUGUUUUUUUGUUUUUAUGUUUUUAUGUUCUGGGGGCCCUGGACUGCCUCAGCUGGACUGACUAACAGGAUGCACAUCAGCUCAGGAAAGAGCUGUAGGGGCCAGGCUGAGGGGCCAAGUCUGAGGGACUGAGGUGAAAAUGUGACUUCCGUCCGUUGCUUUGGUAGCAUUUGGCUGAGAAGCCACAAGCCACCAGAGUUGCUCUAGCGCUCACAAGGGCGACACAUGAGUGUCGGUUCUGCCUCAGAACACCCCCAGCCUACCACUCAGCUGUCCCUGAGACCCAAACUCACAGCCCAGCUCUUCCAAGAAGCUGCUCUCUCUGGAAGCGGGAGAGCUGUGUGCCUGGCUGGCAGCCCGCACCCCUGGUCCCGCCACUGCCGCAGGAAGAGUGAGUGGGGACUGGGCUGAGGUCUGCUCAACUCUUACACUUCUUUUUUUUCUUUUUUCUUGAAGUAUAGUCAGUUACAGUGUGUCAAUUUCUGAUGUACAGCAUGUUUCAGUCAUAUAUACAUACAUAUACAUUAGUUUUCAUAUUCUUUUUCAUUAUAGGUUAUUACAAGAUAUUGAACAUAGUUCCCUGUUCUAUACAGAAGAAAUUUGGUCUUUAUUUUAUAUACGGUAGUUUUGCAAACCUCGAACUCCCAAUUUAUCCCUUCCCACCCCGUUGGCCCCCCAGUAACCAUAAGUUUGUUUACUGUAUCUGUGAGUCUGUUUCUGUUUUGUAGAUAAAUUCAUUAGUGUCUUCUUUUUCCUUUUUUUUAAUUCCACGUAUGAGUGAUAUCAUAUGUAGGGGCUGGUCUUGUUCAGCCCCGGGAAUAAGGCCAGGCCCAGCCCGGAGCCAGUGAGGGAGAGAAUGAGUGAGUUUGAAUGAAAGAAGAUUUAGCCCAGCCAUCAAUCUCCCAGGACUACACUAGCCCAGCAGGAGAGUGAGGCCACUCUCAGGGAAGAUGGGCUUCGCCAGCAUCACACCUGUCAGGGCUCUGCUCCAGGUUUGAGGAUGACAUCACAGAAGGAGCUUCUGGGAAGAGUGGGGAUGACUGAGCAUCCAACCUGCAAUGCUUCUUUCUUCACCCAUCUUUGCAGCCUCCAGUCCUCCUGGGCCAGCCCCCAGGAGAAGCAAGUUGGCAGGACCAGGGGUAGAUUCCAGGGGAGCUAUCUUAGUGCCUCUAUUUUCUCAUCUAGACAAUGGGACCAAAUACUAUUGACUGACAGAGGUUUCAAACAUUAGAAGAAGCAACUGAUGAAAAGCUGUUAGCCCCGCAGUCAGUCUUCCUAAUCAUUUCUGGGCUUUGAGCGUUGGGCAGGCAUUUCCUACCAAACCAUCCAUUCAGGCCCUGCUGCAGCAGGACAGGGGAGUGACCCAGUGUCUGGGCGCUGGAGCCCGCCUGCCCGAGUGUGACUCCUUGCUCUGACACCUCCAGCUGUGGCACUGUCUGCGCUACAUGCCUCAUACGGCCCGUCUAGAAGAGGGUGAUGACAAUAGCACUCACAUCACAGGAGUGUUGUGAGCAUUAAGUAAGUGAACACAUGUCAAGAGAUGAGAACAGUGCCUGGCACUUCGGAAAUGCUCAGAGAAGUGAGCUCUUACUGUGUUAUUGUGUAGAAGCUGCUUGUAGUGAGGCCGGCUCAGCCUGGCAUGGUGUACCUCAAAGCUGGAGCUGAGCAGCCUUUUACUUAAACAUGCAUCCUUCCAAUGCACCCACUGGGUAUAGGCUUCCUCUCCGUGCUGUCAACAUGCCACUGAUGUGAGAAGAAGGGCAGAGGAGGCCUUAACGGCAUUUGUCUGUCUAAUAUUUAUUGAAUUCAUUAAUGGGUGUUAUUUUCUGCAGAGACUUGCACUACAUACCUGGAUUUGUCAGUGAGGAAGCAGUAGGUGAAAUGUUGGGUGUGAUCUCCUACCUGUGCCUGAACCAGACAUGGGAGCCACGUGUCCACUGAGAACCCCAGAGACCUUCGUGCCAACCCAGGCCCAUUUAAUAUUUUCAUUAAUGACUUGAAGGAUGGAAUCGAGACCCAGCUAAUCAGAUCUCCACAUGAUACGAGGCUGGAAGGGAUCUUAGCCUCUUUGGAGGACAGGAUUAAAAUACAAUCCAGGCUUGACGAAUUGCAGAGAAGGACCUAAAUCAAUAAAGAGAGUGGCAAUGAAGAUAAAUGCAAGCUGCUCUGAACAGAGCUGAGAAAAUUAGCCAGAUACCAAAUGGUGAUGAGAGCAAUGAGUUUUGGGGGGGCCUGGGAGGAGCUACCUGGAUGUAAAUUAAUCAUGUUACAGCAUUUGUAAAGCAGAGGCUCGCCUCUGUCAUUGAGUGGAUCUCAGACUUCAGUGAGUGUGAGAAUUAUCCAGAGAGCUUGGGGAAAUGUAGGUUUCCAGGCCACAGGCCUGAGAUUGUGCUUCAGUGGGUCUGAGACGGAGCUGAGCUGAUUCUGAGGCCGGCCAUCCAUGGGUGGUGCUUUGAGAAAGUAAGAGCCCAGCAGAUAAAGAGGCAGCUUCUGUCUACACCUCUAUGUCCCAAAUAUCUACUCUGGACACAGCCCAUGGAACGCUCUGCAAGGAGUGACUUCCAUGGUCACACAAGCUUGAGGAUGCUCCCUCUUAGAAAGAAAAACAAAAAAAAAUCACAAGGGAAGUCAGCAUAUUAAUGACUCCAACAUUUUCUGUGAUGAAAUAAACAGCUUCACAGAGUUUCCCAAACUUUUCACCCAGGAGCCAUUUCUUCCUGUAACAUCCAGCAGCAUCUUGCGGAACCCACUUCAGAAAAUGGUGUGCCCAGUCACCCCUGCCCCUGUCAAAUUCUCCAGGAGUUCUCAGCCCUCUCAUUGCCCUGUGUUAAAAUUUAUCCAGGGGGCUGGAACUUGAAACCCUUUAAAAUGCUGCUCUACCUCCCUGGCUCCCCACAUCUGAAUUUUCCUCUAACAUUUUAGGAGAGGAUGGAAGCAAAUUAGAGCUCCAAGUCUUGGGCUUUCUCUCGCCUAGUGACAGUGCAGCCUGUACCCUGGAUUGAGGAGGGAAGGGAGAGCACUGUGCCCUCUUUGUUCGUUGUUUCCUUGAGCGUGGAUCCGAAUCUGCUGUUCCUCCUCGUCUGUUCUCUCCUCUCCCCUGGUAAUAGAGUGCCCCUGGCUCUUGAGUGAGGCCAUGCCCCACACUGCGGAACCCCAUGUCUCAGCCUCCUGUGCAGAUGAGGCGGUCUGUCAGAGGCACGCAGAAAUCACCAGGGCGGGUCUCUGGGAAUUACUGUAAAGGGUGCUGACACAUUUGGAAGGGCCCCCUAUGUGCCCUUCCCCACUCUCUUCUUCCUCCAGGAGGGGCGUGGGCAGCCAUCCUGGGCCGUGAAGGGAACUGGCAGAGGGAGGAGGGCAGAGCAGAAAGGUGGGCAGAGCAGAAAGGUAGAAGGCUGUGAUGGCAUGCUGAGGCCGUCAAAGCGACCCUGCGCUGCCCCAGAGGAGAAAGCGCACCCCUGUUUCAUUUAAGCCGCCGUUUCUCAGGUCACUGUUACCAGGAGUUAAUUUUGAUCUCGCACCAGCAGAAUCAGCAAAGCCCUUUGGUCCUCUUCCCCAAAUCUCAGCCACGCUGGGCUACCACUCGACUGUGUCCCUGUGUGCCCUCGCUGCCAUUCGUGUAUGUUCGAGUGCACAUGUGUUCUUACUCCGUCUUUGGCAUGAGGCGGUUCUGCUUCUUGAGCCUGGCACCGCUCCCUGCAUAGCCAUGCCCCGUGUCUUUGGCUCCCUCACUCUUUUCUCCUUUAUUGGAAUUAACUGUGGGAUGGAAUUAACUCAGAAUGACAUUUCUGAGAGCCUCACAUCCCUCUAGAAUGAACUUCCCUUUUGGAAUACCUGUCUUGAGAACAUUUUUUUUCCCUAAAGUUUUAUAACCUACAUUCCUUUCUGAAACCAGUGAGUGACUCCUGAGAAGUGGGUUGAUUGGAAACCCCAUCUCAAGAAUUCCCUUUAUAUCACCCAUGAGACAUGCUGAAAAGGGAAAGAAAAACCAUGCAACUGCAAAGAAAAACAAGAAAUGAACAUAAUCAAGAGUCAGAAGGCUUAUGGUUACCAGGGGAAAAAGGAGAGCAGUGGAGGGAUAAAUGGGGAGUUCAGAAUUUGCAGAUACUAACUACUAUAUAUAAAACAGAUAAAUAACAAGGUCCUACUGUAUAAUGCAGAGAACUAUAUUCAAUACCUUGUAAUAGCCUAUAAUGGAAAAGAAUAUGAAAAGGAAUAUAUAUAUAUGUAUGUAUAUAUAUAUAAUAUAUAUUUGAAUCACUAUGCUGUACACCAGAAACUAACACAACAUGGUAAAUCAACUAUACUUCAAUUUAAAAAAAGAAAGAUGAUGUAAGUAUAACAGCUUAAAAAAAGAGUCAGAAAGAUAACACGAUUUACUCCAGCAAUGGGUCAGAGGGCGGGAGAGUCCUCUCUGCAGUCAGUGCCCUCACUCCCACCUCCAGGGCCCUUAGAGCUCUGAUCUGGGAUGCUCCCCUCUCUUAGAGGUCCCACCGGCCUGGAGUCUGCAUUUGGCCUGUUAGGUACCUGGCAAAUGAGGAGAACCACUGGAGUUCCCUUCUGCUUCUGGCCAUAUGCAGAGGUCUGAACUUUCCCUCUCCUGUUCUUUGACUGGAAAGCCCAUUUGCAAGGAGCUUUUUUUUUCCAAGUUCAGACCUAGAGAGGCUGUUGCAUUUCUGAGCGCUUCAAAUGGGAGACUUGGGAGAAGGAACUAGGGUCUGUUGAACACCUGGCAGCUGGCGGGUGCGUGCUCAUCACUGUUCCUCUUCAGUUCAGCCCAUUUUCAUCAUCUUCCUGAUCCCUGAACUGGCCUCGUGAACUUUGCUGCCUGGCCUCUGCAGGUUUUCAUGUUGUGAACCCUGGAUGUACAUAAUGCAAACCCACACAGAGCAUCUAUUUUCACCCAAUAAUUAAGGCGGUAUGUGUGUUGCCUUAAAACGGGUAGGAGCCAUGUGUCAUGCAUUCUACAUCCCCAUUGCCUCCUGGUGAUUGAAUGAAUGAAUGAACAAACGAAUGAAUGCUGAAUAAAUAUUGAACAAGUUAAAUACUUAUAAACAUGUGCAAACCAUGUUACUCCCAUAGGGAAGAAGUUUAAGAUGAAACUCACAAGAUUUUGCUGGAGGAUAAUUGGACUCUCACUCCCUGAUAACUCAAAACAAAAAUUAUCCCAUUCUUUCCUGAAUAGCUCCCAGAUGAUAUCCUCUCCUUGUAAAUUAAACUGUUUCCUCUAAAAACUUCGUGGAAUAGAUGAGGUGAGCAUCUCUUGAAAUGUCAAGUCAUUUUUUCAAUAUACUCACUGGGUUGCUUAUCGGACGCCUUGUGCUUCAUCUUCAGCGUCCUUUGGCCAAAUAAACCAGUCAGUGCUCAAUUCUCCAAUUGACUGGAUAGCUCAGGGAACAAACCCUCAAAUCUGAUUACAGGAAAAUUCAUUACUUUAAGUCCUCCCUCAAGGUUCAGAGCUCAUAAAAGAAACCUCCAGAGGCCCUGGCUUAGGGAACGAGAGGCCCCUUCGGUGCAAAUCUACAGAUUGGCAAUAAUUAACCUGAACUAAUUAUGGUCAAGCCCCAGGUCAGUCUUCCUAGCUCAAGGCUGCCUCCUGACAAGCGGGCUUUCAGAGCAAGAACUUUUCACUCAAACACAGAAGGCACAUUCAGCAGAUUUUAACAUAAAUGAGUAUGUACCCGAAUGGCAUCCUCACCAGGCAGAGACCAGCUGGGAUGCAGGCUCACUGGAGGGGACACAGAGCCCCAAAAAGGCAAAUGUGCAAGGAUGCUUUCGCUGGUCCUACUUAAGAGAUUCUUAAAGCUUUUAAAACAAAUGCUACCACAAAUAAUCAAUACAGAAAGACAAACAGCAAGCUAUGAAAGGAUGACAUGGAAAAAUAAGAGAAUAGUCCAAAAGAAAAAAACGGUAAAUCAUAAGGAGAGAGAGUUCACCACAGAAACAAGAGCCAAUCAGCAUAAUCAACAUGGUAUUUUUAAUGUUCAACCUUACUCUAGUAAUAAAAAACCAAAUAAUGAGAGAAUUUUUGUCUUAAUAAAUGACUAAAUUAUGGAUAUAAUGCUCAUAUCUGUAGGGUGGUGAACUGAGCACUCUUAGUGGGAACAUAAAGUGAUAAAUCAUGCAGCUUUUGGAAGGUGACUUGGCAAUAGAUAACAAAUGUCUUAAAAUUUGCACAUCCUUUAAACUUUUGACUUAAGAACUCUAUCUUUAGGACAGUGGUUCCAAGCAGGUGCGAUUUUGCCACCCAGGGGACACUGGGCAAUCUGGAGAUAUUGAUUGUCAGGACUGUGGGGGAGGGGUGUGUUACUGGCAUCUAGUGGGUAGAGGCCACGUAACCUGCUAAACAUCCCACAAUGCAUGGGACAGCCCUCCAAGAGUAAAAAUUACUGGUCCAGAACAUCCGUAGUGUCACUGUUGCAAAACCCUGACUUAGGAGGAAAAACUCAAGUACACAGGGAUAUAUAUCCAAGGAUAUUCCAUGCUGCAUUGUACAAAAAGUUAAAAAUUAGAAACAGUGCAUAACAAUAGGGGACUGGUUAAACAGAUCGUUCUCCAUGCAUUCACUAGAAUACCACAGAGCCACCAAAAGUUAAAUAAAUCCGUGUUGAUUGACGUGGAAAUAUAUUCAUCAUAUAGUGCUAAGUAAAAAUGUCUGGUUUCAGAAUCAUGUGCCUAGUAUGAUAAUAUUUUUGUUUGCAGAUAUAUGUAUAGAAAAACUCUGAACACUUUAAACCUCCAUAUCACAUAUUUGACAAUGGUAUUCUCUAGGUGGAAACAUGAUGAGUGAUUUCAAUUAUUUAUUUUAGCUUAUGAGUUUUCUAUUUUUCUUCCAAUGGCAUGGCUAAUGGGGACCUUGUAAUGUAGUGUUUUGGACCAAGGACUGUAGAGUGAGACACAGAAGGUUUCUGGCUCGGUCCUUUCCCAGCAACGUGAAAACCCAAAAGCUCUGGGACCAGGGAGCCUGCAGCCCAUGUGCCAACAAGCAGCUCGGGCUGCCCCACCUCAGAGAGCUUCACCCCAGUCCCCUUAAAGUCACCUUAUGACAUGAUGUCCAUUUUUCCCUUUUCUCUUCCUGGAAAUCAU